AUGGUGAAGCGAAAGGCCGAAAAACAGCAAUCAGCUGGCCCUGUUAGCGCUGUCGCUGCUUUGGCAGCGCGCAGAGCUCGACAACAGCAAGCACAGAGCGCGAAUGUACCAAAGGAUGCACCACAAGGUAUUGUUGAGAGCGAGCCACCCUCAAAAAAGUCACGGCAGUCUCUCGAGGGACCUAGGGCGACUGAGACAGAGGAUCAUCGUGCUUCACGGACAAAGGCAGCAAAGAAACAAGAUGAGCCAUUGCCAGCAGAGACAACACCGGAGCGCCCAUUAAGAGUUAGCCGGCCUCAAAAAUCGGAAGUGAAGCCCGAGGUUGAGGAUACUCUGAAGCGCCCCGAAGAUAAUCAGUCUGAAAAAGACCAAGUUGAGGAUGCGGGAGAGAUGGGUGAGGAUGUUAUCGCGUCUGUUGUGGGUGAUGCCGAUGGCUAUGAAUCACCCGCAGAGACACCAGCAGAGCUUCAGAACUUCCCUCUAUCCAAGGCUCGGUUGAACAAAAGCAACAUAGUCUACAGUGAUGAAAGCACACUUUGCAUUCGCAUUAAGGAACGGACGAACCUGGCGUUGCUAGGCCAAUAUGAUCUCUGGGUCAAAAGAGGUGUUGUCAGUCUGAUGGGUGCGAAAUUACAUCCGUCCUCACAACUUCAUAGGGUUUAUGCUCCCUCAACCCACUCUUUACCAGUCAUCAAAUGUGUUGCUGGGAUUGAUGGCGACGCAGAAGUAGAGAUCAAGUCCUGCACCAGCGGUAUUUCCCGCCUCCGUGACCUCUCGCCUUUAUAUCAAAGGAUCUGGGCUGGCGAGAACACUGCUGCAGAUAAAAUCACCCUGAAAGGGGCCGCAAAAGACUCGAAGCGGAGUUUUUCAGUGUUGUAUACAUCGGCAGAUGAUUCCUUAAAUAGACAUAUCCGACCACUUCACCUUGACAGGAAAUGGAGUGCAUCAAUGAAAUCUCUCUCACAACGUGAAGGACAACUUCGGGUUCUAAUCUGUGGCCCCAAGGCAUCCGGAAAGUCUACCUUUAGUCGCUACUUGUUAAAUCACGUUCUCAGUCCGACACCCGAGACUGAGAAUGGAUAUACUAAUACCGAUGGAGUUGCUUUCCUGGAUCUAGACCCAGGCCAGCCUGAGUUUGCCCCUAUGGGUCAAGUUUAUCUUGCACGCUUGCGCUCUCCAUUCUUCGGUCCGCCUUUCACCCACCCAUCAUUGGACGAUUCCCGUGACGGUGAAAUAGUUCGGGCGCAUCACAUCGGCGCAGCAUCUCCAAAAGAAGACCCUGAUCAUUAUGCACUGGCGGUCAUGGAUCUUAUGGAUCAAUACCGCUCGUUGCUAGAGAAACAUCCCCAAUGCCCUCUGAUUAUCAACUACCCUGGUUGGAUCUUUGGACAAGGAUUGGAGGUUGCAACUUGGCUGGUCAGAUCUCUCGGUCUCUCUGAUGUGGUAUAUAUGAGUGAAAAAGGCCCAUCAGAAGUUGUGGAUCCGUUAGGUCUGGCUGCCCGCGAAGCUCGAGUCCCCUUGACAAUCCUCCCCUCACAGCCCACUGAUUUCGUGAGCCGAUCAAGCGCUCAAUUGCGAGCGAUGCAAAUCCAGUCAUACUUCCAUAUGUCUCAUCCGAAUGAUCUCAGCACUUCCCUUUGGUCGGAUGUACCGCUAUCUCGCACGAGGCCUAUUACUGUGGACUAUGCUGGCGCACGACAAGGUAUUCUGGGCGUCAUGGUCAUGGGAUCCCAGGUCAGCCCCGAUUUACUGCACGAAACGCUUGAAGGCGCUAUCGUAGGAGUCGUGGCAGUUGAAUCGCCGAAAGCUAUCAUGGGUGGGAUGACAACAUCAGAGCCACCCAAUGACCAUGAAGAUCUUGACAUGGAUUCAGCAAACCCAGGCGCGGGUAAUCCAGCUUGUCUUUCCAUCGCUGACAGCAUUGUACGAACAUCCGAAGACCUUCCUUACCUCUUUGUUGGUUCCGGCAGUUGCACCCCAUUGGAUCCUAAAGCGUCAAACUGUCUUGGCCUGGCUUUGGUCCGCUCAAUUGAUACCUCUUCGUGCAAGCUUGAGCUCUCCACUCCUAUUCCCUCAUCUCACCUGGAAAAGGCCAUCGAGCAAGGCCAUGGCAUUGUACUGGUCCGCGGCCAGCUUGAUAACCCGAAUUGGGCUAUCAGUGAAGAAUACUACGCUGCUCGUGCGGCAGAGCGGCGCUACCAGCAAUCAACAUCUGGGCCGAGGAAAGCUGGAGACUCUGGCAUUGAACAGGCACACGAACUCGAUCCGGCUGAGCAUAAUCGAACGCUUGCAUUGCUGCGAGAGAGAGUCCGCCGGGCGAGCAAUGUGCCUUGGAUGACUGUUGUGGAAGAUAACAGUCGUCAUCAGCGUGAAGCUGCUGCACGACGAGAAAAGUCACUAUGGAAGCUGAGAAAGAAGGCAUAUCCUGGCAGCGAGAGCGAGGCGGACUACUAG